CUCAGUUUAUUUGUUAUAUAACACCUUCUCCACCACUAGUGGUUCCCACCAACUUUAUUCCAACCGUUUUUUUGUUACCAUUUCAUAUCUAGGCCCACAUUCACAUUCGUGCUACUGUUCUCUAAUCUUUAAUUGCUCUAUUCCAUACAAUAUUGCAUUACCAAGGGAUAUAGGAAGCAAAAACUGUCCUCUAAAUUUGACAUGUCUGCUGCUGUAGGAGCUGUGUCUACAACCAAAGAUGUUUCCUUCAAUGCUCAUUUGGAGGAAGAGCACAAAAACAAAGGAACCAACAAGGUUGGUGUCAACUAUGAUGAAGCUGAGGAAAUUGUGCCAGAUGAAGAUGAAGAGGAAGAACCCAAGUUGGAAUUGGAUCUUGGCCCUCAGUUUUCUCUUAAGGAACAACUUGAGAAAGAUAAAGAUGAUGAAAGCUUGAGGAAAUGGAAAGAACAGCUUCUAGGAAAUGUUGAUGUGUCUGCUGUUGGAGAGAAAAUAGAGCCAGAAGUGAAGAUAGUGAGCCUCACCAUUAUAUGCCAAGGAAGGCCUGACCUAAUCUUGCCAAUUCCAUUCACUGCUGAUUCCAAAAAGAGCAUGUUCACCCUCAAGGAAGGAAGCCAAUACAGGCUAAAAUUCUCCUUCACUGUCUCCAACAACAUAGUUUCUGGCCUCAGAUACACCAAUGUUGUUUGGAAAACUGGAGUUAGAGUGGAGAACACCAAGAAAAUGUUGGGAACUUAUAGCCCACAGCAGGAACCAUAUACAUAUGAAUUGGAAGAAGAAAUUACCCCUUCAGGCUUGUUUGCUAGAGGAACCUAUUCAGCAAGAACCAAGUUUGUAGAUGAUGAUCGCAAAUGCUACUUGGAUGCUAGUUAUAGGUUUGAGAUUCAGAAGAAUUGGCCUACACCUCACUGAGACAGAUUGAAAGUCAAGUUUAUGUUUGUUUAUUAAACUAAGUUAGUGGAGUAGUGCACAUGCAUGCUAAAUGAUAGUGCAAAUCUUUCUUCCCCUUCUAUUAUAUGGUUCCUUUUUUGUAUUGUAAUGAACUAAAUUUUACAUAAAGGAAAUGCUCGUGACAAUCGCACUCAUUCCACCUA